GGCUGGGGCUCUGCACUGCGUUCCUGUGUGUGACCUGGUCGCUGCUGGACUACCACCAGUCCCUGCGCUCCUUCUUGCAGGACAAGUAUGAGCUGAGCCUGGGCUCCUCCAUCGUCUACUUCUUGUGGAACCUCUUCCUCAUCUGCCCCCGCAUCCUCGUGAUCGCCCUCUUUGCCCUGCUCUGGCCUUACGGUGUGGCCGUGCACUUCCCGCUGGUGUGGCUGGCGAUGUUCCUCUGGGUGAGCCUCCAGGGCACGAACUUCAUGGAGUCUCCUGGCCCUGAGCAGCUCUACCGGGCCAUGGUGGCCGUGAUCCUCUACUUCAGCUGGUUCAACGUGGCGCAGGGGAGGACGCUGUACCGCAGCAUCAUCUAUCACGGCUUCAUCCUGGUGGACAGCGCGCUGCUGGCCUUGUCCUGGCUCUGGUGCCGGUCCCCCUCUGAGGAGCACUGGUACCUUGUUCCAGUGCUCUGGGCUGCCCUGCCCUGCUACCUGCUGGGGCUGGCGCUGAGGGUCGCCUACUACAAGUGGCUGCACCCCAACGCGCGGGGGCAGCAGGUGGGUGGCUGUGAUGAGGUGGAUGCCAACGGGAGCACCGAUGGAGUGGAGCUGCGCUCGUUUGCGGUGCCAGAGCUCGUCAACAGGCGGAUGUGGUGGCUGGUGCAGGCCCAGUUCCCCAUCUCCUGGCCAGGGGAUCAGCACAUCCCAAAGGGGGCUGCUGCCAUCGAGUCGGCUGUUUGA